CGAUAUUUGGAUCAAUUCUCGGCGCCCACAUGACCCGGAUGUGACGUCACGCGUUUUGAACGCCAAGUUCGCCAACCAAGCGGGUGUAAGAAGUGAUCAUGUCUCAGGAGUUUCACGUCGUCAAAUGUUUCAGCUGUCUCUCCUUCCAGGGCCAGCACGUGAAGAAGGUGAAAAGGUGGACUUGUAAACUCUGUGGAGAGAAGCAGUCUUUGCUCAAGGAGUUCGGUCGAGGAAGUGGCGCCGACUGCAGACGUCAUGUUCAAAAACUUAACGCCAUGAGAGGAGCCAUGUUGGAGGAAGGAGACGAGCGGUUGCUACGGGAGCAAGAGGACCAGGCAGGAAGUGAGGAGCACAAGGACCACCAAGUGUGCGUGCAGGUGGGACACACCCAGGUGAGCCGCUGGAGUAAAUACCUGCACACACCCGAGGAAGACGAUCAUGUUUCGACGAGCUUUCAGCAAUCCCAAGGCGGCAUGGACAGGAAGAGGAGGAGAGAAGGCGAGGAAGAUGACAGCCGGACGCCGAAACAGAUGCAACAUGGCCGACCACCAUUCAUGCAACCUGACAGUACCGGCCCCCCCAAUCUUAAAACCUCAUUUAGCAACCAAGCCGGCCCCCCCAGUCCUAAAACCACAUUUACUGAUCAGGCUGCGCCACCCAGUCUUAAGACCUCAUUUAGCAACCAGGCCGGUCCCCCCAGUCCUAAAACCAGAUUUACUGAUCAGGUGGGCCCCCCCACUCCUAAAACCUCAUUUAGCAACCAGGCUGGUCCCCCCAGUCUUAAAACCUCAUUUAGCAACCAGGCUGCCACCCCCACUCCUAAAACCUCAUUUAGCAACCAGGCCGGCCCCCCCACUCUUAAAACCUCAUUUAGCAACCAGGCUGCGCCACCCAGUCUUAGAACCACAUUUAGCAACCAGGCCGCCCCCCCUACUCCUAAAACCUCAUUUAGCAACCAGGCUGCGCCACCCAGUCUUAAAACCACAUUUAGCAACCAGGCCGGCCCCCCUACUCCUAAAACCUCAUUUAGCAACCAGGCCAGCCCCCCUAGUCCUAAAACCUCAUUUAGCAACCAGGCCUGCCCUCCCAGUCUUAAAAGCACAUUUAGCAACCAGGCCAGUCUCCCCAGUCCUAAAACUGCAUUUACUGAUCAGGCCGGCCCCAGCAUUCUUAAAACCACAUUUAGCAACCAGGCCGGCCCCCCCAGUCUUAAAACCACAUUUAGCAACCAGGCCGGCCCCCCCAAUCUUAAAACCUCAUUUAGCAACCAAGCCGGCCCCCCCAGUCCUAAAACCACAUUUACUGAUCAGGCUGCGCCACCCAGUCUUAAGACCUCAUUUAGCAACCAGGCCGGUCCCCCCAGUCCUAAAACCACAUUUACUGAUCAGGCGGGCCCCCCCAGUCCUAAAACCUCAUUUCGCAACCAGGCCGGCACCCCCAGUCUUAAAACCACAUUUAGCAACCAGGCCGGCCUUCCCAGUCCUAAAACCACAUUUACCAACCAGGCCAGCCCCCAAAGUCCUAAAAGCACAUUUACUGAUCAGGCUGCGCCACCCAGUCUUAAAACCUCAUUCACCAACCAGGCCGGCCCCUCCAGUCCUAAAACCACAUUCACCAACCAGGCCGGCCCCCCGAGCCCGCCCUCUGGUUCAAGGUGGGCCGCUUUCCUCCCAGGUGACUUCCAGGCUAACACGGUCAGUGGGAAGAGUCAACAUGACAGCAGCGAGGCCCCGCCCCUCCCAUGGUCCCGCCCCCUACUUACCGGUUCCUCCAUGUUUGAGAGUGGGGAGGAUUUCGAUGUCACCUUUGACCUCUGAGAAGGACACGAUGGCGUUCGGCAGACGCGAGGCAACAUGCUGGAUGUUGAUUGGUCCGCCGCUAUAACCGCACUGCCUGUCUGUUCCUGAUGAUCAGAAUCAUUUCUAGAAGGUUCUUGAGUGUUCAUGUUCCGUCUUCCAAGUGGCAUAUGACAAAUAUGUUAGUCUGAAUGUAACUGAGAUGUAUCUUAGCAUUAAAACAUUGUAAAUACGACACAUUGUGCAUAAUAAGUAACUGAGAUGUAACUUAGCAUUAAAACAUUGUAAAUACGACACAUUGUGCAUAAUAA